CAUUUGAGUCUUGACCUUUAGUCAACAAAAUGGCUGCGCCCUUGAUGUGAUUGUGAUGGUACCGUUCUUGCACUGACUGCUUUUUGAGCGCUUCCAAAAACAUAGACUGACCGUGAGAACAGACGCUGGUGAGAACGGAGACCAGACAUCAGACAUCAUGCUUCUUGGGCGGUGCCUGUGGACGAGCAGCUCACCACUGCGCUCUUCUGGGCCUGUCGUCUUGGUGUCACGAUUAUUGAGCAGUUGCCAUGGUGCUCAGAGCUCAAGUGAUCGGAGCUGCCCCGUGAGGUCAAACUUUGCAGCUGGGAUUCUGAGUAGAAAGGACGCUGCCGGAAACGUUUGUCUGCCAAACAAAGUGGAUCUCCGUCUCUCAUCAGCAAAUGGCUUGAUCUUGCCUUUGGCGAGCGCUCCAUGCACACAGUCGUCGCUCUCUUUGGUAUCUCAGGGAACAGAGAAUGAGUACCAGUGCCCGUCCCGUCUUCUUGAACAUUUCUCUCACCUGGUCGUGGUGGACGCGGUCGUGGAGCGUGUGUCGUACGUCUGCCCCAAUUCUCCUCUCCCCAUCCAGCCCAUGAUUGCUCCGAACCUUCACGACACGGAGGUGCGCGAACCGCCUGGCAACUCGAUGCUCGGAGAAUCUCCUGGCAAGUAUGCCAAGCACAUCAUGAAGAUCCGCCACAAAAAGAUGAAGAAACACAAGCUGAGGAAGCUGAGAAAAAGGAUGUACUUUGUGUGGAAAAAGGCCAGGCUUGCCCGGAAGGCCAAGAGGAAGGCGAUCUACGACAGGGAGCUGGAGGAUAUUCGGAAGACUGGAGAACAGUUUGAGGCGGAAGAUUUUGUCCGCGAACAGUUGAGAAAAGCCAGGAGGGGAGGUUACUUCAUCAAUAUCUUUCAGUCUAGGGUUUGAAGAUGGUUGGGAGAGUGUGAAGUUUUUGAUUCUUUGAAAGUUUAGAUAUGUUUAGUUAUCAUAUGUUUGUGUUGUUACGAUUGUGAAGUAUGCUUUGGGAGUUAAAAUUUAUGAGGAUGGUGGUUCUUGUGGAUACGAUGGUUAUUGCGAUUUUGUAUGUUGUGUCAAGAAUGAAAACAUUAUGUCUGCAUUAGUUAUUUUUAACUAUUUCUCUGAUAGGUCAUGAACCAAGUGGACGUCAGUUAUUUUUUUGGAUAUGUAGUGUAACGCCAUAAGUGACCAGCAAGGAUGAGAGAAGAAAGUCUUCUCUCAAGUGGUGCUUGUUUGUGACUUUGACUUGACUUACGUCCUGGGCCUCCAAUUUGACAUAGCGUCGUGCCCAUUUGUUGUCAUUAUAUCCAGACAAUUUCAUGAGUGUUUCAGUUUCAGAGCUGUGGGGAGAAAUGUUUGGGCGACAGUAGUAUGUAUAAAAUAGUACUUUGCAAUAAUGUUGGCUUGUCUGUUGAAUUGAACUGAAUGAAUGAGUAAACGGCUGUAUGGUUUAUGACAUUAAUUAAAGACUGAAGAGUUUACUUGUUUCUGUA